CUGGGCAGGAGUUCCUGCCACAUUCCCCAGUCCCUCCACUCCCUGUUUUUCUCUCCACAGCAGCAGCACCAGCAGCGUUCGUGGGGAGCGGGCAGUGCUUCCGGCCAGCUCCCUGAUCCUGCUAGACCAUCUGUCCCAGGCUCCAAGCUGCUCCACAGGCAUCAUGCGCGGCGCCCUGCUGUUUGCAGUCAUCCUAGCCCUCAGCUCGGCUCGGAGUUUUGGUGCGGUCUGUGAGGGGUCACAGGAGCAGGUGGUGCCCGGUGGGGGUCACAGCAAGGACUCAAAUCUCUACCAGCUGCCCCCGUUAUUGCUCCGGAGACUCUAUGAUAGCCGCGUGGUCUCCCUGGAUGGAUUGCUCAAGAUGCUGAGCAAGGCCAGCGUAGGUCCUAAGGAGUCACCACUUCCCCAAAAACGUGACAUGCAUGACUUCUUUGUGGGUCUCAUGGGCAAGAGGAACCUCCAGCCAGACACUCCUGUUGAUAUAAACCAAGAAAACAUCCCCAGCUUUGGCACCUUCAAGUACCCUCCAAGUGUGGAAUGAGCACUCCACUCCUGGACUCCUGGGCUACAUCGUGAAGACACCCACCCCUAGAUGCACACGCUUCUAUUUCCCUUCCUCCUCCCCACCCCUGUAACACUCUUGUGCUUUAACCCCUUCUUCUCUCUGUCCCACUGGCUGCAGAAACUGCCUUGUGAGCAUCCCCAGUCCCUGUAACCAUUGACUACAGAUUGCCCUGGAAUUUCUGUAGCAUCCUACAAAUAUGAUGUCUCUCUCUAUUCCUCAACAAUAAAGGAUUUUUACAUAUUAUGAC